UACACGCCAUGGCGCGUUUGAUUCUGCCGUGUCUCCUGCUGCUUGUAUCCGCGCAGACGGCCCGUUCCAAAGGGGUCUUCGAGCUGAAGAUCAACUCCUUCACCAGCUCGCGCGGCGUCUGCAGCUCCCCGUCCCGGGACUGCCAGGUCUUCUUCCGCGUGUGCCUCCAGCACGCACAGGAGGUCAUCAACCCGGAGCCGCCGUGCACGUACGGCACCGCGCUCACAGAGGUCUUCAGCGCCGACUCCGACUCCGUGUCCGGGAGCGCGCCCGUCAGGGUGCCCUUUCAGUUCAAGUGGCCGGAGACUUUCUCUCUGAUCGUUGAAGCCUGGAACGCUUUGGAGUCUUCCGGACUCGAGUCUACAGAGAACCAGAACAACCUGAUCAGCCGCCUGGCCAUGCGCCGGAGGCUGGCGGUCGGCGAGGACUGGUCCCAGGACGUGCACUUCGGCGACCAGAGCGAGCUACGCUACUCCUACCACGUGGUGUGCGACGAGCACUACCACGGCGCCGACUGCUCGGCCUUCUGCCGCCCGCGCAACGACACCUUCGGCCACUAUGCCUGCGACGGCGAGGGCCAGCGCCGCUGCCUGGACGGCUGGGCUGGCGAGUACUGCUCGGACCCCAUCUGUGCCGCGGGGUGCAGCGAGGAGCACGGCGUCUGCGAGGCUCCCGGCGAGUGUGCGUGCCGGCAGGGCUGGCAGGGCGAGCGCUGCGACGAGUGCGCCCGACACCCCAACUGCGUCCACGGGACGUGCCAGCAGCCCUGGCAGUGCAACUGCCGCGAGGGAUGGGGCGGCCUGUUCUGUAACCAAGACCUGAACUACUGCACCAACCACAAGCCGUGCCAGAACGGCGCUUCGUGCACCAACACCGGCCAGGGCAGCUACACCUGCACCUGCCGGCCCGGGUUCACCGGCCAAAACUGCGAGGUGGAGACCAACGAGUGCGACAGCAACCCUUGCAAGAACGGAGGCAGCUGCAAAGAUUUGGAGAACGAUUAUUCGUGCGAGUGCCCUCAGGGUUUCUACGGGAAGAACUGCGAGAUCAGCGCCAUGACGUGCGCCGACGGGCCGUGCUUUAACGGAGGGACCUGCGUCGAGAACGUGGCGGGCGGGUACAGCUGCCGAUGCCCACCCGGGUACACGGGCUCCAACUGUGAGAAGAGGAUGGACAAAUGCAGCAGCAACCCCUGCGCUAACGGCGCUCAGUGUUUGGACAUCGGUAAGCACUUCGUGUGCCGCUGCCGGCCCGGCUUCACCGGCUCUCGCUGCGAGACCAACGUGGACGACUGCGCCGGCAACCCCUGCCGCAACUCCGGCACCUGCGUCGACGGCAUCGGCGACUUCACCUGCACCUGCACGCUCGGCUUCGGCGGCAAGGACUGCUCUGUGCGCGCCAGCCCUUGCGACCAUUUCCCGUGCGACAACGGCGGCACGUGUUACAGCCACUUCACCGGGCCCGUGUGCCGGUGUCCCACGGGCUUCAUGGGCGCGCGCUGCGAGCACAGCGUCGCCAGGCCCACUACAAAACCGCCACCGAACGGCGAGUCUGCCGCGCUGAUCGCAGCCGUCGUCCUCGGCCUGGUGACGCUGACUCUGCUGGUGCUCGCGGCCGUCCACGUUCUGCGUCAGCUCAGACGGGGCCGGGAGCUCCGGGCCAUGACCACGUCGGUGAAGAACGACCUGGAGACGGUGAACAACCGCAACGCGGUGAUCGGCGGGGGCGGACCCUACAGCGGGGGCUUGCCCGGAGCGCCGCUGGGCAGCCUGCGGGAGAAGGAGGCCUUCCUCAUCAUGGGAGGACAAGUCAAAGUGUCCAACAAGGAUGCAGCGCUGGUGGAGAACGGAGGAGACAACAUGGCCAUUUUUAAAAACAAAAUGGCGGACUGUAACCUGGCGAGAGACGAGCAGCGGCUGGGCAAGAACAAGUUUGACCUUAAGAAGUGUGACUCGUCCAUCAUCAUCCCUCCGCUCAGCUUUGCAAAGGACAGUCUGUAUCAGAUGGAGCAGUGUGUGUUUGCUACUGAGGUAUAACCUCCAGGUUUCAUCAGACCGCCAGCGGAGGAGAGAAGUUUUUUCGCUGAAGGCCUGAACAUGUUUUCUGUCCAGAGGAUCUAUUCCGCACACAUUA